UCAGCCCCGCACGGCCUCAGUCUGGGGCUGUGGAUCGAUCGCUAGUCUGGUUGUGUACGGAGACAGAGCAGUGUCCCGUAUAGGAGCCCAAGCCGCGCCCGGGGAUGGAUUGCGCCGAGCCCUCCAGCUGGCAGCCAUGAUGAUCCUGACAAGGAAGCCCGAGGGCCCCAUCACAGCAGUGAGAUACAGAGAUGGAUUGUAUGAUUCCUACAUGAGGCUUGAUCAGGUGGCAGCGCAGGAUGCUGCAGGAGACAAAGAGAGCCCCUCCGCCCUCCCGUCAAUCGGAAGACUUGCUAUAAGUGGAAAUAAAUCCACCAUGAAGGAUCAUCAGCAAGUCAAGGUUCAGCAAUUAUUUGAGGACUCUGGCAACCGUAGAGUCAGUGCUGGACUACCGGGGACGGAUAGUGCUUUACCAGUUUUGACUAAAGAAAAGAGUUCCGACAGUUCAGGCACAUCAAAAUCAAGUGACAGCUCCACCAAGUCUUCUAAAGCCACAUAUUUGAGUCCAGAACAUGCACUGAAGCAAUACAAACAUCAGCUAACUACUUAUGAACUUCAGGAAAUCGGCAACUUUACAGAAGUAUAUUUUAUAGGCCCAAGUGCAAAAAAGAGGCAAGGUGUUGUAGGAGGUCCUAAUAAUGGAGGGUAUGAUGAUGACCAAGGAGGGUAUACAUUGGUGCCACAUGACCAAAUAUCUUAUCGCUAUGAGGUGUUGAAGGUUAUUGGAAAAGGUAGCUUUGGGCAGGUGGCAAAAGUUUAUGACCACAAACUCCACCAGCAUUUGGCUCUUAAGAUUGUCCGCAAUGAGAAGAGAUUCCAUCGCCAGGCAGCCGAAGAGAUACGUAUCCUCGAACAUCUUAAGAAACAGGAUAAGACCGGGAAUAUGAAUGUAAUACAUAUGUUGGAAAGUUUUACCUUCCGCAAUCACAUUUGCAUGACUUUUGAGUUGCUGAGCAUGAACUUGUAUGAACUGAUUAAGAGAAACAAAUUCCAAGGUUUCAGUCUACAGUUAGUUCGUAAAUUUGCUCAUUCAAUCCUUCAAUGCUUGGAGGCCCUGCACAGGAACAAAGUCAUCCAUUGCGACCUUAAACCAGAAAACAUUUUACUUAAACAACAAGGCCGCAGUGGAAUCAAAGUUAUUGACUUUGGUUCUAGUUGCUUUGAGCAUCAAAGAGUGUACACGUAUAUACAGUCUCGGUUCUAUCGGGCUCCAGAGGUCAUACUGGGAAGCCGUUAUGGCAUGCCCAUUGAUAUGUGGAGCUUUGGGUGCAUUUUAGUGGAGCUUUUGACUGGCUACCCAUUGUUUCCAGGGGAAGAUGAAGGAGAUCAGUUGGCAUGCAUGAUGGAGCUCCUUGGAGCACCACCUCCAAAGCUGGUAGAACAAGCCAAGAGAGCAAAGAAUUUUGUCAACUCUAAGGGAUAUCCUCGUUACUGCACAGUGACCACGCUUCCCAAUGGAUCUGUGGUCUUGAAUGGAAGUAGGUCACGUAGGGGAAAGAUGCGUGGUGCUCCUGGGAGCAAGGACUGGGUGGCAGCAUUAAAGGGUUGUGAAGAUGCUCUUUUUAUAGACUUUUUAAAAGGUUGCUUGAACUGGGAUCCAACAGCACGAAUGACCCCAAGUCAAGCACUACGACACCAGUGGAUUUGCAAGAGGAUGCCUAAACCCCCUGUCAUGGACAAGUCCUCAGGAAAAAGGAUUACCAGCCAUACCAGCUCUUUCCCAGGGAUUAGCUCCAAGUUACCUCCUGUAGUGGGUGUGGCCAAUAAAUUAAGAGCUAAUUUAAUGAAUGACUCUAAUGGGAGCAUACCACUUCGAACUGUUUUACCCAAGCUAGUCAGCUAAUCCUCACCAAUAUUAAGCACAGCAAUGAGAACAUUUUUAACCAACAUAACUGAGGGAUUUUAAGCAUUUAAAUUUUUUUUAAAAAUGUAUGAAACAAGAUGAAAAUAUUUGGCUAUGUAAAGUCAGGAUUUCUUCAUUUAAUUCUGUUUUAAAGGGCUAAGCAUUUCAAUCACCAUCUGAUACACACUUGAGUCUUUUUGUUAUCGGUCAGUAUGUUCUUCCUAGGAACAUGUAAAGCAAUAAUAGAAAAAUGAAGGUGUGCGUAUAGACAAUUUCUGUUUACUUGUCAGAGAUGUUAAUUCAGCCAUUACGUAGUAGGAGGUACCAAAAAUUCCAGUUUUUGCCCACAUUUGCCUGCUUCAGGUUGGCUAAAUGUGCAGUUUGCCAAAGUUGACAAACAUAAGGAAUAGAAAGACUUUUGACCAUGAGCUAGAGUAGCUAAGCGCUGUUUAAUGUGCCACUUUAGUUUACGAAGGACUGGUGAGGGCCACAUUUUCACUUUUAAUACCCCCUCCCCAAUUCAUUUUAAUAUUUCUACAUUUACUUUUGCUUUGAUAACAGUAAUUCCCAUCAUCGAGUGCAGUUACUGAGACUUUGCCAGAUAUGUAAUAACCUGAGUCCUGUCCUUAGGAGGUUGAACAUUGUAGACCUUCUACUUUGUUUUUUAUGCUGGCCAUACUGUUUAGAUAGCUGCUGGCCAAAGAAGUGAACAAGCUUACAAGCUAUAUCUCCUGGACCCCCAUCUCCCCCUCCCCAUACAGAUGUACGCACAGGUCGGAUAAGCAUGCAUAUAUUCUGAAUGGGGAGAGGGGCAGGUGUCUGGCAGCAGCCUUACCUCUCCUGAGACCAAAAGGAUCAGGCUGUCAGAAGAAAGUUGGACCACCACAAUACAUGGUGGUAAUCCAACUGGAAUAGUCAGGUUAUCUGAUGUUUAUGGCCAGCUUUUCUCGUAUUUUCCGUCUGUUCAGACAGUCAGACUUUUUAGAAAAAAUAUAGAAAAAAAAUCUAUUUCUAAAUAUCCCUGUUCUUUAAGGGCUCAGUCAGAUAUGCGAUAUGAACAUCCGGGUGUUGUCCAUGUGUAAAACAUACAGCACCUGGACUGAAUAAUGGCUCAAUUCACAUGGGUGGUUUUCCACAUGGACCAUCGUUCCGUGUAGAGAUCGCAUCAUGCACAGUUUAGGUCAGAUUCUUUGCAUAAAUUUCGCCCAUUCAUUCUAGUGACUGGGUGCACAAGAAAAAUAGGCCACGUACGGACACCAUCCAUGUGCGGUCCAUUUAAAUUAUUAUUAUUUUUUUCAGCCAGUUCACUAAUAGGUUUUAGCUCAAUCGUCUUAAUGAGACCUUAAACGGUCUCCAAACCAAGACACUGUCAGAUGCCUGUAGCCCACAACUAAAACAAUGAUGUGCAGCUGGCAUUUCUCUAUUACCCCUGUCAUUGCCAAGACCUUGUUUAUCCAAAUGAUCUCCUUUUAGUUUUAAGCCAUGUACCCUCUCAAACUUCACUUCAGAUCCAGUGCCACUACUUCUCAUAGUGUGUUGAAGGUCAGGAGCUGAAUGCUGAAUUCCCAUAUGCAGUUUUUGAGCCAGACAUGGAAAUUGAUCCUAAAUGGAAUGAUUUAAGGGCCCUUUUACAUGCGCCGACAAGUGAACAGAUUAUCGCCAACUAGUGUUACUAGUAAUGCUCAUUAGCGAUGAUCGGGCUGUAUAAAUGCACCGCUGAUUACCCAAUGAACGAGCAGCACAGAAGAUCAUGGUUUACCAGUGGCAGAUUGUGCUAUGUACACAUGAUCUGCUUCCGGGAAACAAUAAGUCGUUAUGGGGAAGAGCGACGGCAUUAGCCAUGGCCCCUACCCAUGUUCUGGAGGAGAUGGCUGCAUGUAAAUGCACUGAUCUCCUCUAUUGAUCAGCUGAUUGUCGUCCCGUUUAAAGGAACCUUUAGGCCACUUUCAAACAGUCAAUGUUUGAUCACUGAUUUCCAUCAGUGAUUGUGAGCCAAAACCAGGAGUGGAAGCUACACAGAAAUAAAGUGUAACAGAAAGAUUUGCACAUUUUCAUUGUUUUUGACCCGCACCUGGUUUUGGCUCACAAUCACUUAUGGAAAUCACUGACCAAACACUGUGUGAAAUCGACCUUAUAUUUUUCCUCCUUUUGGAGCCAAUUGGGUGUUUGACUUAAAAAAAAUUACAUCUUAAACUUCAGGUAGAAAUCUAGUCUCAGGCCUUGUUGCUUUGUGCAUGAGAAAGGGACUGUUAAAUGUCAAUGUGUCAUGAUGACGUCCCUAUGUGAAGCAGAUGAAGUGACCUGUGGCUAGUGAUGUCCAUUCCAGCUUCAAUGUGUCACAUAUUUAUGGCUGUUAGCAGUCUACUGAGGAGCAAAACAAUGCUUAUGGCAAUCCUAGAGUACUUGGUGCUAUGUCAAGAGUUGAAUGGUCAUUGAGGUGCAGUGCUCCAUUUGUGGAUCAAAUGAGCAAUCUGAUAUAUUCCUACAGUGUGAGAGACUUGAAUGGAAAGCUAAAAUAUAAAUGCAUCCCCUGAAGAACUAAGACAUUUUUUUUAAUGGUAAAUAACCUACAUGUGUAAAGUCAUUCCUGUUAAGGAUACGGGCAGAAUUACCUGAUGUCAAUGUAUGUUAGAUUUGAUGGUUCAUCCUCAGAAGAGUUUGCUGUGCAUUUGUAUAUUCGAGAAGAAGUCUGCCCUAGACUCUUUUAUACUUUUUUUUUUUUUAUGGCAUGCUUGGAUGCGGUGUGGAAUUUUAGUUUGGGGUUAGAAAAAAUUUGGCUGAUAAAACAUUGCAGUUGGUAUCGGAAUAUCUUACACAGUUUGUCUGAUAUACUCUGCUUUGGCUUCAGUUUUUAACCUAUUUGUAUUUUAACCAGAAUUCUUUUUUAUUUAUUUUUUUCAAUCGUCAUUGACCCUUCUUCUGUCUACAUAAAGACACUAGAUUUUAAAUGCUUGGUCAUAACCACCAUACUAGGACAAUCCAUUUUUAAAGGAAUCUAUAUGGGGGGAUAAUAUGAAAUGAAGUCCACUCCCCAUCCCUUGGAUCCUGGUGCAAACAGCACCAAACAUAACCCCUUCUAACAUGUCAU